AUGCGCGCACUAGAUUUAGACGUGGCACAGAGUGUGAGAAGAGUGAGUGUGCUCCAGGACGUGACGUACGGCGUGGAGGUGUCGUGGCGGGAGGCGCAGGUGCCGGGCCUGCUGCAGACGCUGGCGGCGUGGGCGGCGGAGGGAUCGGCGGAGGGCGCUGGCGCCGAGGCGCGCCAGCUGGUGGCCCCCGCGCUCGCCGCGCUCGUCAACCUCUGCCAGCGCAACCUGCCCGCCGUGGUCGCGCUCAUGCGCGCCGUCGACACGCGAGCCUUCCUCUGCACGCUCCUCUCCCGCCAGGACCCCUCGCCAGCCACCAAGCUGCAGGUCACACUCUCCGUGUGCAAGCUGGUGGUGACGGUGAAGCAGGUGCAGGGCGGGCUGCAGGACAGCGACGUGCUGAGCUUCUGCGAGGCCGCCUUCUGCGCCGUGGGCGACGCGCUCGCCGGCGCCGACGCCUUCCUGCUGCGCCAGAUCGUCGACUUCUUCGAGGACGUUCGCAACGACGAUCGCUGCCGCGCCGCGCUGCUGCGCUAUGAAAACUUCCGGAAGGACACGGAGGGCGUGCUGGGCCAGCUGAAGGACUCCCCGAAGCCGCAGUGCGUGUCGCUGCUGCUGCAGUUCCUGCUGCCGCUGGUGCAGCUGCGCAUCCGAGAGCUGGCGCCGCUCUACCCGGACGUGGCUGCGCUCGCGCUCAAGUGGAUAGUGGGAGAGACGGCGGGCACGGCGGCCACGAUGGUGUUGUGCGCCAUAGUGAGCACCGUGUGCGGCCACAGCCAGGACGCGUCGCCAGCAGACGAGCAGAAGCAGGCGGACCGCGAGACGGCCCGCGUGCGCGACGCCGUGCUGGACUUGAUCGAGGCCAGGAUACCGGCGCUGCAGCUGCUGCUGGAGCUGUCGUCGUGGCGCGAGGAGUGGGGCGACGCGCUGUGGAGCUCCCUGAGACAGCCGCUGCUGCAGCUGCUCCUGGCCGCCGCGCUGCUGGCGGGCGCCCCCCACCACAAGGCACAGGCGCUGCGCCUGCUCAGCACACCUGGCUUCCUCAAGGAGUGCGGCGCGUCGCUGUCGGAGCGGCUGUGCGAGCUGCAGCCGCUGCUGGUGGUGCCGUACAGCAGCGCGCGGGCGGCCGGCCGCGGGGGUGGCUCCUUCCGCCCCCACAUGGACGAGAGUAUGCAGCAAGACCUCACGCCGCUCUUCACCAUAGCGCAGGAGGGCCGCCUCAACCAGAUGAUGGCUCGCCUCCAGGAGGCCUUCGAGAAUAAGGAGAUACGCGACGUGUCGGUGUCGGCGAUAGUGGACUUGUACCGGUGCAAGAUCGCGGCGCUGGGCAACUCCGAGAAGGCGCUGUACGCGCGGCUGGAGAAGGCGGACGAGGAGGCGUCGCGCAGCCAGCAACUGCUGUCGCACGCGCUCGACGGCGCCAGCCGCCUGCUGCAGCGCUCGCGGCACGCCGCCGAGCUGCUCGAGGAGGCGCGCGCCGAGCUCAGGGACAGGGACAAGGCGGUGGCCCGGCUGGAGGAGACCAAGACUCGCCUGGAGUCAGCACUUAACGCAGCGGAGGAGCGGUGCGAAGCAGAGGAGCAGCGAGCGGAGCAGCUGGAGCAGGAGCUGCAGAAGGCCACGGCGGAGGCUCGCGAGCUGGAGCGAUCAGUACAGCAGCUCACAGACAAGGCCGCAGUAUAG